AUGGACCAUCUAUCUUCGCGCUUCAGGCGCAGUAAGAGAGGUCCUCCCACAACUCCUCAGCUGGGAUCACCAGCUGGCUCACCUCCGGAUAAGUCAUCAUCGGAACGCAAACUUGGUCCUACUGCCAACCAACGCGAACAGCCCCCAUCUCUCACCAUAUCGACCACUCACCUUCCCCUUGAUAAUAUGCCACCGAAAUCACCCUUCCGACGAGGGUUCCACUUUCGCAAUUCUAACAAGCGUGCACGAUCGCCUACUUCAGCCUCGUUGCCGGCCCCAGUCUCACCUGCCGUCGUUACUCAAGAUGGCACAGUCGAACCGGACAAGCUUACUCCAGCGAAUGGCGACGACAAGAAUGGAACUGAAGCAGCUAUGGAAACGCCUAAGCCGAAUAUCCCGGCUUUUCUCACUCUAUCCGAACAAGAAAUUGAUGCUAAGUUCAUCGACCUCAACUGGGCAGAGCGCUUGCGUCUCCGAGAAAGCCAAGAAAACCCGUCUCCCAAUUUCCAAUUCGCUCGCGUAACUGCGCCCGAGGCUAGAAUUCUCGACCGAUAUGCGAACAUCCAGCCGUGGGCCAAUAACCGCAUCAAGCUACAGGUUCCAGAGGGUCAAGUUGAUUACAUCAAUGCAUCCCCCAUCGUCCUUCGCUCCCCUCUAGAUCCCGAAGGCAAACCGGCCCACCGUUACAUCGCCAUGCAGGGACCGAAGAUAGCAACAAUGGACCACGCUUGGAGAAUGGUGGUAGAGCAGCUGGAUAACCCAGCCGUGAUUGUUAUGCUAACAGAGACCCAUGAGGGUGGCAUGGAAAAAUGUUACCAAUAUUUCCCCCGUAAUGUCGAUCAACCACCGCUGGUGAUCGGAGAGCACGAUGAAUUCGGCGACGGUUUCCGAGCGCAGAUACAAUGCGUUAGCGUCGAAGAACAUGCCGAGGGCGCCAUCGAAGCGCGACAGCUCGCCAUUCGCGUCGAGGGUCGUGAAAAGGUGAUGACGGUGUGGCACCUCCUAUACUGCAAGUGGCCCGAUUUUGGUGUCCCCGCCCUUGAAGACAUCGACAGCUUCUUCGAGUUGAUGCGCCUAUCCCGAGAAAAGAACGCCUGCGAAGACAACCCUCGAAUUAUUCACUGUUCAGCAGGCGUGGGACGAAGCGGAACCUUCAUCGCUCUAGAACACCUCAUGCGAGAAAUUGAGUCCGGCGAUGUCGACCGUCGCAAGGAGAGCGAAGACAAAGAUGAAGGUGACAUCGUGUACGAGACCGUCGACGCCCUCCGAGUACAGCGCAAGCAGAUGGUCCAAGCCGAGUCACAGUAUCUUUUCAUCUACCGCGUUCUCCGCAAGCUCUGGUUAGAGAAGCACGGUCUUGUAGAGCAAGACAUCGAGGACCAGGAGCCCGCAGCUAAGAGGUUGGAGGUUGACUGUGAUGACCCCUUCCUUGACGAUUAA